UCUCAAACAUCAAACAUUCAAAAUCCUUAAAAAAACACACACAUAAAACAUGUCGGCUGCUUCCAUUUCUUCACCUCAUCAGCUCAUUCACCAUGGAGAUCAAGUGUUCUAUUAUUCAAGAAAGCUCCUCCUUCACUCCUCCCUCCGCACGCUCUCCUUCACCGCCGACGCUCCCUCCUCCGUCCUCCAUCGCCCACUCGAAUCCUACACCUUCGAUACCAAUGUCGUCAUGGUCCUCUCCGUCCUCCUCUGUGCCUUAAUUUGCUCAUUAGGCCUCAACUCCAUCAUCAGAUGCGCUUUGAAAUGCUCUCGUUUUGUCGUCUCCGAUGACCCUCACCCCUCCUCCAACACCUCCGCCCCCAUCGGAGUCCACAAGAAAGCCAUCAAGAGCUUCACUAUGGUUCAAUUCACCCCAGAUCUCAACCUCCCCGGGCUCGACUCCGAGUGCGUUAUUUGCUUGUCGGACUUCGUCGACGGCGAGAAGCUUCGGCUUCUCCCCAAGUGCAACCAUGGCUUCCAUGUUAAGUGUAUUGAUAAAUGGUUGAGUUCUCACUCCUCUUGCCCUAAAUGUCGCCAGUGUUUAGUCCAAACUUCUCAGAAAAUCGCCGGGGUCGGCGGUCCGACGUCUCCUCCUCCUCCGGCCAUUAACUUAGCACCGCUGGAUCCCGAAGCUCGGGUACGGAAUUUAUGGCUGUAAUGGAUGAUAAUAUGAAUUAAGCGAAGUUUUAGAGUUUGA